CGCGCCUCGGUCGCGCUAUGCUGCGGGGGCUACGGGGGCUACGGGGGCUGCGGGGUCUCCCGCUUUGCGCCUCGCCCCGACGCCUGCGCUCCAGCAGUAGCAGCCAAGGGGAGGAAAAACCAGAUACGACAUGGAAGGACAGAGCGGAAACAGUGAUCAUCGGAGGGGGCUGUGUGGGCGUGAGCCUGGCCUACCACCUAGCCAAGGCAGGCAUGAGAGACGUGGUCCUGCUGGAGAAGUCGGAGCUCACGGCAGGAUCCACCUGGCACGCAGCGGGGUUGACAACGUACUUCCAUCCUGGAAUAAAUCUGAAGAAAAUACAUUAUGACAGCAUCAAACUGUAUGAGAAACUGGAAGAAGAGACGGGGCAGGCGGUGGGAUUCCAUCAGCCAGGCAGCAUCCGGCUGGCCACGACGCCCGUGCGGGUGGAUGAGUUUAAGUAUCAGAUGACGCGCGCCGGCUGGCAUGCAACGGAGCAGUACUUGAUCGGGCCUGAGAAGGUCCAGGAGAUGUUCCCCCUGCUCAACGUGGACAAGGUUCUUGCUGGGCUCUACAACCCCGGAGAUGGCCACAUUGACCCGUACUCGCUCACCAUGGCCCUGGCCGCUGGGGCCAGGAAGUACGGAGCCCUGUUGAAGUACCCUGCCCCGGUGACCUCGCUGGCACCCAGGUCGGACGGCACAUGGGACGUGGACACACCUCAGGGCUCCGUGAGAGCAAAGCGCCUGGUCAAUGCCGCCGGGUUUUGGGCUCGUGAAGUGGGCAAAAUGAUCGGCCUGGAGCAUCCUCUCAUUCCGGUCCAGCACCAGUACCUCGUCACGUCCACCAUCCCCGAGGUGAAGGCUUUGAAACGAGAACUCGCUGUGCUCCGUGACCUGGAAGGAUCCUACUAUGUGCGCCAGGAGAGGGAUGGACUUCUGCUGGGCCCCUACGAGCGUCAGGAGAAGAUGAGAGUUCAGGACUCCUGGGUCACUGACGGGGUCCCUCCAGGUUUUGGGAAGGAGCUCUUUGAGGCCGACCUGGACCGGAUAACGGAACACCUGGAGAUUGCCAUGGAGAUGAUCCCGGUCUUGAAAAAGGCUGACAUCGUCAACGUGGUCAACGGCCCCAUCACCUACACCCCUGACAUCCUGCCCAUGGUGGGGCCCCACCAGGGGGUCCGCAACUACUGGGUGGCGGUGGGCUUUGGCUACGGCAUCAUCCACGCUGGCGGGAUCGGGAAGUACCUCAGCGAGUGGAUCCUGGGUGGGGAGCCUCCUUUUGACCUCAUAGAACUGGACCCCAACCGCUACGGCAGAUGGACCACUCCCCAGUACACCGAGGCCAAAGCCAGAGAGUCCUACGGGUUCAACAACGUGGUCGGCUAUCCUAAAGAAGAGCGUUUUGCCGGGCGGCCGACGCAGCGGGUCAGCGGGCUCUACAGCAUCCUGCAGCCCAGGUGCUCCAUGGGCUUCCACGCAGGCUGGGAGCAGCCACACUGGUUCUACAGACCUGGCCAGGACACCCAGUACAGGCCAAGCUUCCGGCGCACGAACUGGUUUGAGCCUGUGGGGUCCGAGUACGAACAGGUUAUGCAGAAGGUGGGGGUGAUCGACCUGUCGCCCUUCGGGAAGUUCCACAUCAAAGGCCGAGACUCGGUCACACUGCUGGACAAUCUCUUUGCCAACGUUGUCCCCAAGGUGGGCUUCACCAACAUAAGCCACAUGCUGACCCCGAGAGGCCGAGUGUAUGCCGAGCUGACCGUGUCUCACCGGGCUCCCGGCGACUUCCUGUUGGUAACUGGUUCCGGGUCAGAGCUCCAUGACCUCAGAUGGAUUGAAGAAGCGGCCAUCAGAGGUGGAUAUGAAGUUGAAAUCAGCAACACCACCGAUGAGCUGGGCGUCCUUGGCGUGGCCGGGCCCCGGGCAAGGCAGGUCCUGCAGAAACUGACCUCGGAGGAUCUCAGCGAUGGCGCCUUCAAGUUCCUCCAGGUCAAGCACCUCAAGGUCGCCCACGUUCCCGUGACGGCCAUUAGGAUCUCUUACACCGGCGAGCUGGGCUGGGAGCUGUACCACAGGCGCGAGGACUCCAUGGCCCUCUACGAGACCAUCAUGAACGCCGGCCAGGAGGAGGGCAUCGCCGACUUCGGGACCUAUGCCCUCAACGUCCUGCGCCUGGAGAAGGGCUUCCGCGCCUGGGGCGCUGAGAUGAACUGUGAUACCAACCCCUUGGAAGCUGGACUGGAACCUUUUGUCAAGUUGGAUAAGCCCGCAGACUUCACAGGGAAGCACGCCCUGAGACAGAUGAAAGCCACGGGGCUGAAGCGGAGACUGGUCUGCCUCACCUUGGCCACGGAUGACGUCGAUCCGGAGGGGAACGAGAGCGUGUGGUACGAGGGCAAGGUGGUCGGCAACACGACGUCGGGGGCCUACAGCUACAGCAUCCACAAGAGCCUGGCCUUUGCCUAUGUCCCUGUGGCGCUGGGUGCCGUCGGGCAGCAGGUGGAAGUGGAGCUGCUGGGCAGGAAGUACCCGGCCGUCGUCACCCGGGAGCCACUGGUGCUGCCGGAGCCCAUCCGGAGCCGGCUGCAGAAGAAAGGCGAGAAGCGCCUGGGCUGAGCGCCCCGGCGCCGCGAGGUCUCCUGGGCGAGGUGGAGCAGCGGCCAGGGACUGACGUGAGCUUUCCAUGGUGAUGAGAAAUGCCUGUCCUUAUUGUCCUUAUGAGACCCAGUCGCCGAGCGCGAGGCGUUGGCUGGCGUCUGAUCAUCAUCACGGCUGAGCUUGAGGACGCUGCUGUCCCACACACGUACGCGUGCAGCUCGGGAUCCCUGAAAAUGGAUUUACAUUAAAAACGGAGUGGGCGCUGCUGGAUCAUUUCACUGAGAAAUCGCCUCUUAGGUGACCGAAUGCUAAUUUUCAUUUUUCUUGAUGUGUGAUCAAAAUUGAAUUUAAGAUACAUCUAAAUAGGGUAACAUUUAA